CUCAGCGUCACGCAGAGCCGAUCAUUGUCUCCCUCACACUUUCUAACGAGCCAUUUCACAACAUCCACGCAGCGGACCUCGCCACGCAGCAGCAGCAGCAGCAGCAGCAGUCUUUCUCUCAAAUUGAGUUUGUUUCUACACAAUAUCAGAUCAAACGCGCAGAUGUGGCCAGUUGUGGGACUUAAUCUCACAUUAUGCCUCUUUAUCGAGCGACUGGCGGUCGGUUGCAAGCGGCACAAGUGAUUUGCGUCGGUUUGGAUGAACCUCAACUCCGAGAAAGCACUUUAUAUUUACACGCUGGACGUCAUGUGCACGUUGGCGGAUUUUACGCGCAGAGAGCCGCCGAGUGCGUCUGAUUUGGGAUUACACUGACACUGGACGUGUUUAUUUUUUUUUUUAAAAGAGAGGGACUUCCCAGACGGCGUCUGCGUCUGGUCCGCCGUCCUCCGGGUUCCUGCAGGACUCCAUGCAGUCGCGAAGGCAGAGGAGUGAAGGGCGACCCCGAGCUGGAUGGAUGGUUAUGGGGAAGAGAGCCAGACCCUCGGCGCUUGAAGUGUGCAGAGUCCUCGCUGUCUUCCUAUCGCUCUUCCCUCCAGUGAGUCUGCAGUGCAAGAUCCUCAAGUGCAACUCUGAAUUUUGGGCCUCCACGACCAACUCCGGGCCGGAGGAGGAGUUCUGCACGGCGCUGCGCGCGUACAACAGCUGCGUGCGGCGCACCGCUCGCACCUGCCGGGGCGAUUUGGCGUACCACUCGGCCCAGCAUGGCAUCGAGGACCUCAUGAGCCAGCACAACUGCUCCAAGGAGGGACCCACGUCGCAGCCACGCACCCGCAGCCCGCUUACCCCCGCGCCCCCGCCGCUGCCGCCCGACAGCCAAGAGCGCUCCGACGGCCCGGAGGUUUGCCACUACGAGCGUAGCUUCCCGCGCAACGCCGCGCAGCGCAACUUCACACACUGCGGCUUCUUCGGAGACCCCCACCUUAGAACCUUCGGGGAUGACUUCCAGACGUGUAAGGUGGAGGGCGCCUGGCCGCUCAUUCACAACAAAUAUCUGUCGGUCCAGGUGACCAACACCCCUGUGCUGCCUGGAUCCUCAGCCACUGCCACCAGCAAGCUGACAAUCAUCUUCAAGAACUUCCAGGAGUGCGUGGACCAGAAGAUGUAUCACGCCGAGACGGACGAGCUCCCCGCCGCUUUCGCCGACGGCUCCAAGAACGGAGGCGAGCGCCACGGCGCUAACGCCCUGCGCGUGGUAGAGAAGGUGCCCGGCCAGCACGUGGAGAUCCAGGCCCGCUACAUCGGCACCACCGUGGUCGUCCGCCAGGUGGGCCGCUACUUGACGUUCGCCGUGCGCAUGCCCGAGGAGGUGGUGCGCUCGGUGGAGGAGGACGACAACCAGGACUUGUAUCUCUGUCUGCACGGCUGCCCCGCCAACCAGCGCAUCGACUUCAAAAAGGUCCGGACCCACGCCGCCGGCGGGACCCACGGGUUCACCUACCGGUCGGCCAAGGCCAAGUGUAAGGAGCGUCUGCCCGUAGAGGAUCUGUACUUCCAGUCGUGCGUCUUUGACCUCCUCUCGUCCGGGGACAUCAACUUCACCAUGGCCGCCUACUACGCCCUGGAGGACGUGAAGAUGCUGCACUCCAAUAGUAAGCGCUAUCACAUCUUCGAGAAGGAUGCCUUCACCAGCCACGCCGCAACGCACGCACGCUUCCUCAACCUCUUCGCCACCCUCUUGUGCUGCACACUUGCUCUACAGCCACUUUAACACUGACCGCUUUAGAGGCCUCGUGUCGUUUGGAAGCUUGCGAAAGGGGGUGGCCACAUUUCUGGCAAGUUUUCAUGGGAAUUUAAGAUGGGGAAUUGUGGAAAUAUUCCAAAUUGGAAACGUUCUAUGGGAAUUGAUGUCCCUGCAAAAUACAUAGCUCUCCUUUCCCACAUGCAAGGGCAUGAACAGUACCUUAAUUACUCAUGUUUUUCACUUAACUCUAGCGGCAGCGUAUUUGCUCGUACCUCAAAUUUUGGCUCGUAACACGAUGCAAAAAUUCGAGCAACGACUCAUAACUAAAAAAAAAACUUGUAAGUUGGGGCAUGCGUACUUCAAGAGACUUCCGUAUUUGCAUGGAAUCUGGUUGUUUUAGUCAGUAUUAUACUAUAAUAUGGGGACGGGCGAGUAUUGGUAUCAGCGGUAUCGGGUACUUGUGAAGCCUGCCAGUACCAGCCACUAAUACUUAAGGCAAAAAAAUUUGAGAUGGUUUAAGUCCUCCCCGCCAGUACUUGGCGCUACAUUGCAGCGGUUUGACACCUGGGCUUAAUAUCAUGAGAAAAAAGAGAGAAAAGUCUAGUCUUUGUUCACAAUUAUCUGUAAUUCUGUUAAUUGAAAUGUUAUGUGUCAAAAGUACUAAUGGUAUCAGUACUCGGUAUCGGUGCAUACUCGAGUGAAUACUCGCACUGGUAUCAGUCUGAAAAAGAAUGGUAUCGAACGUCCCUAUUAAAAUAUUAUUUUCCCUGAGCCAACCUUAAAUGUGGCAAAAUCCUCAUUUAUUGCCAUAAAUUCUCAUGAAUCGCCGUGGAAAGUUUCAAAUUUUGAGGAUUCCUGGAUUUUUGCAACGCUAGUUGUAUGCUCACGUUUUCCUCACGGGGACCUGGGAAAGUCCACCUGCGAUUACGUUCACUGGACUGUGUGGGACGUUAAAUGGUUUCCUGGGUGAUCCUCCAUGGAAGCCAAGCCAGGGAAGCCCGAAAAAGGACAACAUGGGAGCUCAAAGUUAUUUUUGUCACAGGCCACAUUGUGGUUACGAUUUGCCUCAGAGGGCCCUAACCCUUAUGACUGUGAAACCAUCGAAAUGUUUUGUCAUAUUACAUAUCCCAAAUUCCCCCUGAAUUUGUUUUGUAAUAUGCUGUAGGUAUUUCUGGGACGUUUCAGGAAUAUUUCCAUGGAAACGUUUCCAACGUUGAAAGCUGCCUAAUUUUGCAACCAAUUUUUUCACACAUGCCACACCUGGUAAAGAAGGCACCUAAUUUGAUAGAUGUAACAUUUAUUUGUGGCGGGGCUGAAUGGAGGUCACUAUUUGAGGAAAUACGGCGCACGUAGCAUAAUAACUCACACGGAAGUGAUUUGAGGACUUGAGUCAUUGCCAAAGAAACAAGCCUCUGUGCCAACAUCUUUGGGAAUGUACGUAUAAUAUUGAGAGCGACACUUUACAAGCAGCAUUUAGUCCCGAUUUCAACCUGAGCUCUCUGGUGUUCUCUUAUUAGUCUUGGUUUGAUUUUAACACUGAAGUAUUUGUCACUGCUUCCCCUUUUUUAAUUUUAUUUUUAUUUUUGGGUGCUUUGACGACAGCAGCGACGGGAUUUAAGUGAUUGUAAUGUGGAAUCUCUGUGGAAGUAUAUCUGGGCCUUUGGAAAUUGAAUUGGGAUUUCUCAUUUUUAUUUUUUAACCAUCAAAUUUCUAAUAGGCGGCACGGUGGACGACGGGUUAGAGCGUCAGCCUCACAGUUCUGAGGUGUGGGGUUCAAUCCUCGUCCCCGCCUGUGUGGAGUUUGCAUGUUCUCCCCGUGCCUGCGUGGGUUUUCUCCGGGCACUCUGGUUUCCUCCCACAUCCCAAAAACAUGCAUGGUAAGUUAAUUGACAACUCUAAAUUGCCCGUAGGUGUGCAUUGAGUGUGAAUGGUUGUUUGUUUGUAUGUGCCCUGCGAUUGGCUGGCAACCAGUUCAGGGUGUACCCCACCUCCUGCCCAAUGAUGGCUUGGAUAGGCUCCAGCAUGCCCGCGACCCAAGUGAGGAGAAGCGGCUCAGAAAAUGGAUGGAUGGAUGGAAAUUUAUAAUACGGUGGACGACUGCCUCACAGUUCUGAGGAGCAGGGUUCAAUCCCCGGCCCCGCCUGUGUGGAAUUUGCAUGUUCUCCCCGUGUCUGCAUGGGUUUUCUCCGGGCACGGCAGUUUCCUCCCACAUCCCCAAAACAUGCAUGGUAGGUUAAUUGACGACUCUAAAUUGCCCGUAGGUGUGAAUGUGAGUGUGAAUGGUUGGUUGUUUGUAUGUGCCCUGCGAUUGGCUGGCAACCAGUUCAGGGUGUACCCCGCCUCCUGCCCGAUGAUAGCUGGGAUAGGCUGCAGCACGCCCGCGACCCUAGUGAGGAGAAGCGGCUCAGAAAAUGGAUGGAUGAAAUUUCUAAUACUUUUUUUUUUUACCAUCAAAAGAUUCUGUGUCAAAAAGUCAACAUCUAAAAAUCAAAUUAACGGGGACAUAUUUUGCCAAACCAACUUUUUCUAGUAUUUGGGAUGCAAUAUUGUCUCUGUGGCGCCUCAGUAAACGUGAAAUAUGAAUUAAAAUCCUCCACGCAUUCUUGAGUUCCAGAGAGGCCUGAAAUCAGGUCAUUCGAAUUUGUCAAGCUCAUCUACGUCACUAGCGAAGAUCUCCGCCUUCCCAAUACACUCCCGGGCCACACGUGUCCUCUCACAAGUGGGUCUUCUCCAUGGAGGCAACCAAUCAGAGGAAAGGGGGCGGUCUUAGCCAAAUAUGGACAAAGCUGAUACAAAACUGGGUCAAACAGAAGUAGCUGUCAGAGGGCCCUUUUCUGGACACUCAUAUGUGUUUUUUUAAAUGAAAUUGACACUUUUCAUACUAAGUCCAUGUUAGAGAAUCACUCUAUGGAGGUCUAAAUCGGCAAAAUACGGGACCUUUACAACUCCGAUGGUUCGGAUGUAUCGUGAUAUUUUUGUUGCAUUUGAAUUUCUAACUGAAUUUUUUUUACCAUCGAAUUUAUAUUACUGAUUUUUUUACCAUUUUACCAUUUUAAAAAAAAACUGUCUAAAAAAAAAAAUCAUUAUUAAAAUUUAAAUGUCACUUGUAUAUUCUGUAGGUAUUAUGUAACCUGAGUUUGAAUUUUUAACAAUGAUUUUUGCCAUAAAUUUCAAAGUGAAAUUCAAUGUAAAAAAAAAAUAAUUUAAAUCUAUGGCUGAAACUCAGUAAUCUCAAAAUAUAAUAAGAUAUGUCAUGUGAGUUAUAAAUAGAUUUUUUUGAACACUCAAUCUUUUGAUGGCAAACAUUUUUUUAGUAAUUUGACGGUAAAAAGAAAAUCUGUUAGAAAUUAAUACUAGGAUGGCACAAAAAUACCACAAAAUACAAUAUAUGUGCGCCAUUGAAUUUUCUUUUGAAUUUUUGUCAUUUAAUUUUUCACACUGAAUAUUUUGAUGGUAAGAAAAAGAAAUUUAAUGUUGAAAAAAAAUAUCGCUGUCAGAAAUUCAAAUUAAAACUCAUAUGGCCCAGAUAUAUUUCCAUAAAUCUUGUUUGUAGAUGUGAUUUGUAUUGUGACUUUUAUAGUGGCUGAUGUGAGAUUGUACAUACAGUGUGUUUGUUUGUGUGUGGGUGUGCGCAAGUUGUGUUUAUUCGACUAUUAACUGUGAAUGUGAAAUAAUAAUUUUUUUUUUUUGCAUAGACAUGAACAAUGCACAACACAAUAUUUUCCUUUUGUGUUUUGCGCUGCUCAUGCUUGCCAAUGAAAUGCACUUUAUGUUUUUAUCCAGCUUUUGUGUUGUUGAUGUGUCGUUGUUUGGAAUUCAAAAGGAAUAAAUAAUAAUAAUAGUAAAACAGCUGGGAAAUUCCCGAAUAGAUCAACCUGUAUGUUUAAAAAAAAAGAAGAAAAUGUGGUGCUACACCCACCAGCUGUUUAUAAUGUCAAUUAUUUAUUGAAUAAAAGAAAAUGUCUUGUUAGUGA